AUGAGUUCCUCAAAUUUUAGCCGAUACAAGUUGGUGUUCUGCCACACGGGAUGCUCGCAGCAAGAGUACAUCCGCAUAUUGCGACACCUUCAUAAACAAAGUAUGGAGGUGAAGUUCCGCAAUCUCUCCCUGUUUUUGGAGGAGUCCCUCAAGGCCAUCCAUACGGAGGCCAGACGUCUCAGUACUUCACCAGAUCAUCGGCUGCCGCGCUUUAAUUCCAUCCUUGCUUUGGCAGCCAGCGAACCAUCAUCCUGUCUCACUUUAUCCAUGGCCGUCCAAAGGGCCUUGACACUAGUCUCACAAAUUGGAACAUAUAUUAGCUACUAUGAAACACAUAGCAAUGAGUUUGAGUUUGGAAGCAAUACAGAAAAUACAAUACUGAGCGGUUAUGGUAUGGGUAUGCUGGCAGCGGCAGCGAUCGCAGGCGCAAAAUCAGUCGCAUAUCUGGCCUCCGUCGGAGCAGAGUACGUGAAAGUCGCUUUUCGACUAGGCAUAGUCACGCAGGGGCAAAUUAGGGCAUUCGGAGCUGGUGAAUACGAGCGUCAUUUGGGGGUGCAAACCUGGUAUUGCGCCAUUCUAUCUGGACAUGAAGGGAGCUUACAGGACUUUGUGACGGGCGACCUUGCUUAUGAUUUGUGCGGAUCUUCGUCAAGUAUUACACUGCUCUCCUUUCAAACUGGGAAGAAAUUACAACUACACUGGGUUGAUGUUCUCAACGAAAUUACCAGCGGCAUGAUAGAAUGCAAUACUAGCGUUGAUUUCCUCAGACAAAGCAUUCGCUCUCUUCUUGUAGAGUGGGAAGCUACUGACUGCUCCGUGAUACUCUUUGGGGAUUCGGCUCUAUCGGACCAGCUGCUCCUGGGCUUUCAGGCUGAAUGUCGUAUUCUACGACUUCAUCGUAUAGACUUAACUGACUCUGGCCAUCCUGGCUUCCAUCAAGAGGCUUCAAGGUCUCCGCAAUCCGCCAAGCUCGCCAUUGUCGGCAUGGGGUGUCGAUUUCCGGGAGGAGCAAACAAUCUCGCGCUAUUCUGGGACCUGCUUCAAGCUGGACGUGAUGUUCACACCACGAUUCCACCAGACCGGUUUGAUCUGAAGACUCACUAUGAUCCAACAGGACAGGUAGAAAAUGCUUCCCCCACACAGUUUGGGAAUUUCAUUGAUACUCCAGGAUUCUUUGAUGCCGCAUUUUUUAACAUGUCCCCUCGUGAAGCGCGUGAGACCGAUCCACAGCACCGUUUAGCUUUGGUGACCGCCUACGAGGCGCUCGAAAUGGCCGGCUACGUCAAUGGCCGGACACCAGCCAGCGAUGGAAAACGAGUGGCGGUGUUCUACGGUCAGGCUGGAGAUGAUUGGAGGGAGCUGAAUGCCAGCCAGAAGAUUGGACCUUAUGCAGUAUCCGGCGGGGAGAGAUCGUUUGCGAAUGGGAGAAUUAGUUACUUCUUUAACUUUGCUGGCCCUAGCUACAACAUAGACGCUGCAUGCUCUAGCAGUCUGGCUGCAGUCCAUAUGGCCUGUGAAGCACUCAGGUCGGGAAAGGUUGAUACUGUGGUUGCUGGUGGGUUGUCCAUCCUAACUCAUCCAGACAAGUUUGCUGGACUCGGUAAAUCAGGAUUUCUAUCUUCAAGUGGCCAGUGCAAGGUGUGGGACAAGGAUGCGGACGGUUACUGUCGAGCGGACGGUAUAGGGUCGAUCGUGAUUAAGAGGCUGGAAGACGCGGUUGACGAUAAUGACCGGAUCCUUGCCACCAUCCUGUCUACAGCUACCAAUCACUGUGCGAAUGCAAUCUCGAUCACCCAUCCCCAUGUCGGAGCUCAAAAGGAUCUGUAUACAGAGCUAAUGCUUGAUGUCGGUAUUAACCCACUGGAUGUAGGCUAUGUCGAGCUCCACGGCACCGGUACUCAGGCGGGUGAUCCGGUAGAGGCGGAAUCAGUGAAGGCUAUAUUCGCACCGGUGGGCUGCCGACCAGCGCAUCAACGGCUGUAUCUUGGCUCAGUAAAGUGCAAUAUCGGUCACUCUGAAGCUGCGGCUGGGAUUGCAUCCCUGAUCAAGGUGAUUCUAAUGUAUCAACACCAUCGGAUCCCGCCGCAUGUGGGAAUCCGCUGCGAAGCGAAUCCUGCCCUCCCACAGGAUCUUGAGACGUGCAAUGUCGGAGUGUGUCUGCAGGAAACCCUGUGGUCAAAAGUAGACGGGGAGAAGCGCUACGCGGUAGUGAAUAAUUUUGGCGCACAUGCGGGAAACAGCGCCGUGCUCCUUGAGGAUGCUCCGGAAAUGGCCAGGGUCGGCGAAGAUCCGCGACAGGUAUACGUGGUGGCUAUAUCAGCUAAGAGCAGAGCAUCACUCAGCGGGAAUAUUCAAGCCCUAGUCGAGUACAUGGAACGUCAUCCUGACGUACUGCUCGGGGAUCUUUCCUAUACUACAUGUGCCAGGCGCACGCAUUAUAAGUUCCGCAUUGCAGCUGCUGUGACAAGCUACCAAGAGCUUCAAAUCUCCCUGAAGCUCCACCUGGGAAAGGUUGACAAGGUUAAACAGAUACGGACGGAACCACCCGGGGUUGUAUUUGCUUUCACAGGACAAAGCGAAUCGUAUGUCGGGAUUAGUGCGCAGUUGUUUGACAAAUUUCCAUUCUACCGCACACAGAUUCUUCAGCUGAGUUCCGUUGUGCAAAGCUUCGGGUUCCCUUCUAUCAUCCCAGUUGUUACUGGUGCGAUUGACUGCCAGCUUCCGGAUCAUAGAUCCAUAAUCCAAGCACAGCUAGCCAUUUUUGUUAUAGAGCUUGCCUUGGCUCGGCUAUGGCGGCACUUGGGUGUUAAACCUAUUGCUGUCGUGGGUCACAGCCUCGGAGAGUAUGCUGCUCUCGUAGUUGCAGGUGUUCUCUCAGCGGGCGAUGCUAUCUGGCUGGUUGGAAAGCGAGCUGAAUGCCUGCUAGAUACUUGCGAAGUAGGCUCAUUUCAGAUGCUUGCGAUCCAGGCAACCUAUCCGGAGAUACAGAAGAUCUGCGAUGGAGAAAACUAUGAUAUAUCUUGUCUCAAUGGGAAGAGGAGUAUGGUGAUCAGCGCAGCACGGGAAACUAUCCAGAUUAUCUGUGCACGUCUACAGCGUGAAGGAAUCCGAUUUAAAGUACUCGACAUCCCAUUUGCUUUUCAUAGCAGACAAAUGGAACGGGCGCUGCCCGAAUUUAGGAAGAUUUCCAGAUCAAUUGAGUUUCAUCCUCCAGCUAUAACGGUCCUAUCGCCACUCCUCGGAGAAUGUAUCCUAGCCGGGUGCUCUGUCACUCCGGGGUAUUUACUUCGUGCGUUGAGGGAGCCGGUGGACUUUAUCAGCUCGAUUAGUGCGGGUCGGCGUCUGGGUGUAGUGACUCCGAACACUAUCUGGAUAGACAUCGGCCCCCACCCAAUCUGCGGAGAACACAUCCGGAGGGACAAUCCCGACGUCACCACUGUGUCGUCGCUGUACCGAGGGGAAGAUGAUUUUGUUGUUAUGGCCAAGAGUAUGGCGAAGAUUCACUGCACGGGGGUGCGUGUUCGCUGGGAUGAGUACUUCCGACCAUAUGAGAAGGCUCAUUUUCUUUUACAUUUGCCUAGCUAUCGCUGGGACGAGAAGAACUAUUGGAUUCCUUACGAGUCUACAUGGACUUUGGACAAGGCACGCAGCGGCAACGCAGCGAGUGAGAGUCUCCUAACUACGAGUCGAGGGCUCCAGACGUCCCUGAUCCACCGAAUCUCAUUGGAAGAAAUCCACGGCUCCAGAGGACGGGUGCAUGCUAUCUCUAACAUGGCGUAUCCCGAUUUUCGCCACGCAUUACUGGCGCAUAAAGUAAACGGAUGCGGAGUCACGGCCGCGGGAAUCUGGAGCGACAUGUGUUGGAAUAUUGGCAAGUAUCUUUAUAGGCGCAUGAUACCGGGCGACCACGAGGUGCCGAUGAACGUAACCAAACUGGAGGUCCUGGAGGCUCAGGUCGCCUACAAUAACCCGAGCACAACGCAGUUACUGCAGAUUGAAGCCGUUCUAGAUACUAUGACAAUGAACAUGGGGGUACAGUUUUACAAUGUAUCGGAGCAAGGAUCUCGGAGCGAGAGAUACUUCGCAUCCGCGACUGUCGCGUUUGAGAGUCUUGCCAGCUGGAGGGCUGAAUGGCGAGAGGUCUCAAGCGUAAUCAAGAAAAGAAUCGAAUCCUUGACUAAGAAAGGUGAAAACGGCGAAGCGAAUCUUCUCACUGGAGCCCUGGUGUAUUCCUUAAUGAAACGCGGCUUUGUGGACAUCGGUGAACGGGACCGUGGAAUCCAGAGUUUUAUAUUCGACGGCUAUGAAGCAUGUGCAGCAAUACAACUAGAUUCAUACCGACACGGCGUUUGGCACACUCCGCCUCAUUGGGUAGAAAGCUUGACUCAGGUGGCCUCGAUUAUAAUGAACAUCAGUGAGGCAUCGGACGUGGAGAAUUAUUAUUAUGUUUCUCCUUACUACGAAAGUUUCCGGUUGGCUGAGCAGCCUAUUCCCGGCGCCAAGUACACCAGUUAUACCAGCAUAUCUCCCAUGCAGACGGACGGUAAUUACGAAGGAGAUGUUUAUAUCUUACGAGAAAGUGAGAUCAUUGGUAUGGUUCGGGGAAUCAGGUUCAGACGGGUUCCAAGAUUCCUCAAAUCUGAGCUCUUUGUUGCACCGGACAUAAGCAGCACCCUUCCAUGUGCGGAACCCCAGCAAUCACAUGUCAGUUCCAGUUCCAAGCCAGAUGCAACCGAUACGGUUGCCAAAUGGGCUUUACCUUUCCUGACCCUCGUGUCGGAGGAAACGGGUCAGGGUAUAGGUGAGCUAAAGGAUGAAUUGACACUUGUCGAACUUGGUAUCGACUCGCUCAUGGCUCUGAUUAUUUGCGCUAAGAGCCGUUCUAUUUUGAAUCUAGAGAUUCCUCAAGGGCUCUUUCUCUCCUGUGAUACAUUUGGUGAACUGAAAAAAUGUGUGGCUAAACAAUGGAGUGCAUGA